AUGGAUCGUUCAAAACCCCAGGAUUCAACUGAUGUCUUUGGCAAAGCAAAAGAUGACAUCGAGACGAUUGAUCAAAAUGAAGAUCUUGUUUUGCUUAAUCCCAAACCAUACCAUGUAUUUGAGCAAGAACCUGUCACAGAUAUGGACGAAAUAUUUAAUAUAGGCGGGGGUGAUAGAUAUUUUAAUGAUUCAAAUCCUCGUAACCCACAGAGCUUAGUAACGGAUUACUCUGCAUCACUUGCUCCUCAAGAUAAAUUGCAAGCUAUUCAUAGACCUGUUGAGCUAUUUUUUGUCGCUGACAGCCCAUAUUCAGUCCAUGCAUGCCUUCUGGAGCUUCAAGCACUAAGAGGAUGCGAGGAACAACGUUGUUACGAAGGAGAAGUCGCAGUGCCCUGGUAUGUGCGGAUUUCAUCGGUUGGAUCCGAAAGCAUACUGUCAUCUCUCGAUUCUCCCAGUCUGGAGAUCCUUAAAAUCGGAUUUCGCAAGUAUCCGUAA